UUAGUAAAAGAGAGGACCAGUUUUGUAAAAUUGAAAACAUUAAAAUCUAAGACCACAGAAAAUAGAAAUGUGAUCAAUACAUUUUUUAUAAUAAUUAUUAUAAGUUUUAAUCUGAAAAUCAUUAUGAUAUUAUUUUGUUACCUUUGAUGUCAUAUUAUUAAUUUAUUACGAUUUUCUAAAAUGGAUGGAGAUAAGUCGUCGGAUCAUAUAUUGAUACUGAAUAGAAUCGAUUGUGCAAAUGUUUUCAAAUCUCCUUUAAAGGCUACCCAAAGAAUAAGGUAUACAAGUUUUGACGUUUCACAAAACUUUAUAAUAUUUGGUGCUUCAAGUGGAGGUUUAUACGUAUUUCAAAGACAACCAUGCGAAUUCAUUCAAUUACUGCCCAACAAAGAAGGUUCAGUUACUCAAGUAUUAUUAUCGAAAGACGAAGAACUAAUAGGUUUUGGAACUCAAAAAGGCAUUGUGUGCAUUUUACAAAGGAAUGAUAACGGAAUAGGCGCAAAGAUGUUAAAUAAGUCAACUGAGCAUUUAGGACAUGAAAUUACUGCUAUGGAAUGGACUUCGAAAAAUCAAUUAUAUUUUGGGGACAACAGUGGCAAAGUUACGUCGAUUUGUGUUUCUCUGUUUGUCCGUAAAGCUAUAUUCCAAACUCCUCCGUACACCAUGAUACAAUUAGAUUCAAAAGUAGUACAAAUGAACAGUUCGGAUGACUUGUUGGUAGUAUCCACGUUAACACGGUGUUAUGUUUGUGACAUUGUUAAGGAACAGUAUAAACAAAUUGGACAAAAACCCAGAGACGGCGAUUACGGCUGUUGUAUAGUCGAAUGGAAGGAGAAAAAAAUAUUUUCAGCGAGGCCGGGCUCAAGAAUUUGGGAAGUGGAAAUAAACGGUACUGUACAAAGUACUCAUCAACUUAAAUAUUGUUUAGCUAUACCACCAACUCUUAACGUUCAUGACUCUAUGACAAUUGAUUUUUCGAGGGUUUCUAGUGAAAAUUGGCCACCUCAAUCAUUAAAUUUCAAGAAACUCUGUGAUAUUUGGAACAAUUGUAUUCUUACGUUUACAUCAAAUAGUAUAUUUAUAAUUAACAUGUUAACCAUUAACAUUGUUUUAUGGUAUGACGGUUACAGUAAUAUACAAAAUUUAAAGUGUGUUGAUAAUUGCAUAUACGUUUUAUCUUCUAACGGUGAACUGAUUGUUGAUAAGAUUAUUCGUCUUGAAGAUUUUUUAAUCAGUUGUUAUGAAUCUGAAUGUUAUAAUACAUGUAUAGAUUUAAUAGAACAUUAUUAUCCUAGAAUAUUAAAAACCAACCGUAUAAUUGAUAAUUUAUACCCACUCGUUGAAAUUGAUCAGAAAAUAAAUUUACCAAGCAAUACGAAAACUGUGAUAUCAAAAAUAAAGCGAAUUAAUUAUCUGAAACAGAAGUUCUCGAUAUCACCUUCAGGUAUUUACACAUUGAAAAAAAAUGUUUACGUCAAAAAACCUUAUAAGUUAUUGAAAAGUAAUAGUUUAAUAAUGACAAUCAAAUCAAAGACAUCAAAAACCUUGCCGCGUUCCAAGUCAUUACCAAAUAUAUCAUUCAAUUUAGAAAAAAUAACAAAGUGUCAACAAUCUCAACCUGUUAACUAUUCUAGUACCGAGGAAAGGUUUAGCAUAAAUCAAAUGUACAUGGAAAUGAAUGUUCCAGGAAUGCCUUUUGUUUCACUGGCUACGUCCGACGUCUUCCACGAUACGCUCAUGGAACUUGGAUCAAAUGUAACCAAUAAAAUUGUUCAGAGUAGUAAGACACUUAAAGACACUAUAAAUAGUUUAACCACUUCUAAUAAAAAUAAUUUGGUACCGUACGAAGUAAAUGAUGCUACAAUUUAUUCCGAACCUAUACCAAUGAAUGAGAAUGAAGUGGACGUUACUAGUUAUAAAUUAGAUCUUGAGCAUAGGGAAAAACUAAAUAUAUUUCCUAUUCUGAGCGUGUGCAAAAAAUUGCAGACCGGUCAAGAACUAGACAUAGAAUGCUUACAAAGUCUGGUCGACGGGGUGCUGGAGGUAAAAACAAGUUUGGAAAAUGUUUUACAAGCGAAACAAUUAAAUUUCCCAUUUAAACAAUAUUUAAAAGAAAAACAUUUUAACACUCUUAAAAAAGCGGUGAAUGAUAGUUUCGAAAAACAAUUAGUAGCCAAAUGGGCCAAUACCUAUGUCAAAGAUACUCUGAGUGUUGAUUUAUAUGACUAUCCUGAAUUUUUAACUCACUAUAUGACGGAAGAAGAUUUCAAAAUAGAUAUUAAGCUUAGUACAUUCAUCACACUGUUUGCAGGCAUUUUGGAAGUCGAUAAUCUGUUAGAGUUUUUACUAAAAAACAAAUUGAAAUGCUCUUACACUAUAUUCAGUAAGAUCCUGAAGCUGAAUUCUAAUAACGCCUGCAAAAUAGAAAUACCACUUCUAAUGUACUUGAACUCUAUGUACGUGUUUUUGAAACUAGAUCAAAUUGAAUCUUUCUGUACGCUUGGGUAUGAGAAAAACAUCAAACCACUAUUUGUAUUUUAUUUACUAAUGAAAUUUUCUGCACAUCUGAAGUCGGAUAUAUUAAACAAAUGCAAUACAAUAUUUUUAUAUUAUUUAUCUGAUCUGGACAAGAAUGUAUUUGAUGAUUGUAACAUACUAUAUUAUACUAUUUAUAGUUUUAUUGUUACGAGUAAUAACAAAAGCCCGUUGUGUAAAUGUGGUUUUCCAUUAAGUAAUGAAAAUGGUAAAUUUAAAAAACUUGGCAAAAUGAUUGUUGAAUAUUUAUCGACAGCAAAUAUUGAUUUUGAUCAAUUAAAUAAAAUAUUUGCCAAGUUAGUAAAUGAAAAUUUAACCAUGAACUGUUUAGAAGAUGUGAUAAAAUGUUUUUGUAAAGAAGUACCACACCUAUGGCCAAUAGUAUUAGAGUCGGAUUUUAGGCUGCAUAGCCCAAAGUAUUCAAAGGUUAUUUUGUCGAUUCAUUUAAACUCAAUUGAUCAACUAGAGUUGCAUCUUAACAAUAAGAGUGAAGAAUUAUUUGAUAAAAUGUUCACAUUGAAUUAUUACUUUAAAAAUGGAGUGUGUUUAAGUUGUGGUUCUGUGGGAGAAAAAAAUAAAGGAAUUUCUUGGACUGACUUAGCCGGCUUGGCUUUGAAACAUUUAGACAUGGAAAUAGUAAGAAAUUUACUUACGAAACACAAAAAGAAAAUACCACUUGGAGAUAUUGAUACUUGGUUUUAUCAAAGCUAUGUUUUAAUGUCAUUAGUGGACGCCCGUUUAAAAACUUCAGUGGUUGAGACAGUGAAAAGCAAUAAUAACAUUUCAGCCAUUGGAACAAAGAAUUGUAAAAUUGUUAUGGCAGCUUUGGAAGAAGAUAAAGGUGCAAAUUUGAAAUAUGAAGAUUUAUGUACUAAAAAAUCGCAUUGGGGCGCAAGGAUAGACUUGAAAAAUGAUUUUUGUAUUUGGUGUUCAUUGCCGUUGAACUCGGACCCCUUAAUACGAGGGAAAAAUAAUGGUUUAGUGCUAUUCAAAUGUGGACAUUCGUUUCAUACAGUCUGUAUACGACAUCAAACGAACGUUGUGCAAUGUGUAGUGUGCCAACGAAAAUAAGCAUUUGGGUCAUAUUAUGUGAUCAACACGUGCUAUAUAGCUAUGAAGUAUUUAAUACUAGUUGAGUGUUUCAUAUCAAUCUUGGUCAACAAAUAGGUAAUUUAAAAGACUUGAUAGCUUUAGAGUUUUUAAAUUGUUUACGUUUUAGUGUAAAUUAUCCGAAUUUUUUUAAUAAAAGUUAUUAAUACUGUUGUUUGAAA